UUAAACAUUAUUAACACUCACUAAUCUGACGGUCAGCAUUGUAUUGUCAACUUUCCUUAUCCAAAAGAUAAUAGCAGAUGGUAGUUUUCGUCCCCUAACGCUAUCUCGUCCGCGGCGGCCUCUUUGUACUUUGUUCUCUUACGAAAGGAUCAAUAAACUGACAUGGAAAAAGAGGCUUCCAGUGAAGCCAUAGAAUUAGUUGAUUCCUAUGUGCCCUUGGAAGAUGAUGGUAAUGAAUGUUGUGGUCUGGAGGUUGUUGAGGCUUCUGUGGUUGUGGAUGAUCACUCAGAGGGGGUUGAGGAUUAUGGGAGUCUUGAGUACUCUAGGUACUUAGCUGGUGGGAUUUUAGAGCCUACAUUAGGGAUGGAGUUUAGUUCUGAGGAAGAUGCAAGGAAUUACUAUAAUGCUUAUGCCAAGCAAAUGGGUUUUAGUAUUCGUGUGAAUUCUUAUUAUCGUUCUAAGAAAGAUAAUUUGAUUAUUUCUAGAGAGUUUUGUUGUUCAAAGGAAGGGUUUCGAAGGGUGAAACGUCUGAGAACUUCAGUUUCUGAAGAUGGUAUGAAGAAGAGGCGUGCUAGGCCUAUUAUGAGAGAGGGUUGCGAAGCACUUAUGACUGUGAGGAGGCGGGAUGAUGGGAAGUGGUAUGUGGCAAAGUUAGAGAAGAACCAUAAUCAUGAGCUGGUGACACCUGCAAUGAGGCAUUUUCUUCGGUCACAUAAGCAGGAGCAUAAUCAAAAUAAUAGUCCAAGUAGCUCUUUUAGUUCCUCGGGAUUGGGUUUGACUGCUUCUUUGAAUGUCUUGACUGAAGAUUGUAACGGUUUUGGAAAAAUGGGAUUUGCUGCCCAAACUAGUGUUAAUUACAUUGGAAGAGGACGCCUAAGCACUUUUGGAAUAGAUGCCCAAAGUCUUCUUGGGUUUUUUAAGUUAAUGCAAGCCAAUGAUCCUGCGUUUUAUUAUGCAAUACAAGUCGAUGAAGAAGAUCGGCUGAGUAGUGUUUUUUGGGUUGACACUAGAUCAAGAAUCGCAUAUAAUUGUUUCUCUGAUGUUGUAGCCUUUGAUACUACUUAUCAAGUGAAUCAGUAUAAAAUGCCAUUUGCGCCUUUUACUGGAGUAAAUCAUCAUAAACAGUCAGUGUUGUUAGGGUGUGCACUGCUUGCUGAUGAGACCGAAUCUACUUUCAUUUGGCUUUUUGCAAGCUGGCUUGAGGCAGUGUCUGGACGGCAACCAGGGUUAAUCAUAACGGACUAUGACUCUGCAAUCACUAGAGCAGUACAAAGGGUUUUUCCACAGUCUAAACAUCGAUAUUGCAAGUGGCACAUCAUGAGAAAAAUGCCAAAGGAGAUGGGGCAGGUGUACAGUGCCCUUCCAAAGACAUUCCAAUUGGAAUUUGAGAAAUAUGUUAACAAGACUGAGACGCCUGAAGAAUUUGAAUCUGCUUGGCAGUUGCUUCUUGAUAAGUAUAACCUACAAGGAAAUGAAUGGCUUCAAUCACUUUAUAUUGAUCGCAAGUUGUGGGUCUCAACCUAUUUAAGAGACACAUUCUUUGCUGGUAUGCAUGCUACUCAGCAAAGUGGAAGUGUGAACUCACUUUUUGAAGGCUAUGUGAAUGCAAGGACUACCUUACAAGAUUUUGCGGAGCAAUAUGAGAAGGCUUUGGAUGAUCGCUAUGAGAAAGAAGCGAGGGCAGAGUUUGAAACUUUUUACACAAAACCAAUAUUAAAGACUCCACUUCCUAUGGAAAAACAAGUAGCGGAAGUUUACACAAGAAAAUUGUUCUCAAUAUUUCAGGAUGAAAUUUUUGAAUCUCUUGUGCUUGCUGUGAAACUCAGUGAGAGCAAUGGAGAAACCAGCACAUAUGAGAUAGCAAGAUUUGAUGAAGAGGAGAAAGCAUACUUUGUGACUUUGAAUGUAUCUGAACAAAUAGCUAGUUGUAGUUGCAAGAUGUUUGAGUUUGAAGGCAUCCUCUGCAGACAUGUGAUUGCAGUAUUCAAAGCAACAAACAUCUUUAUGCUUCCACAACAUUACAUCUUGAAGCGAUGGACAAAAAGUGCUAAGGAUGAGGCUGUAUUGGAUGUGCUGCCCUCUGUUGCACUGCAAAGUAACUCACAGAAAGGCAAGAACUCAUAUUAUGAUAUUUUACAUCAGGAAGCCGUUAAAUGUGCUGAGGAAGGGAUGGUGUCUGACCAUAGUUUUAAGGUUGCUUUAGAUGCUUUAAGAGAAGCUAGGAUUAAAAUUGUUGAAGUAAAGAAAAAUGCUAUGAAUGCCCCAAAACUUGAAACCAUGACCAGCACUAGCAAUCAGGAAAUUGUUAGUCAGGUAGAUAGUUCAUCGGUGCUGCUGACUCCUGCUGAUCACCCAAAAGCUAAAGUAGGAGAAUCCUGUACAGAAAGUAUUAUCUCUGAAUAUGCAUUGGAGCAGUCUUCAAGUUAAGUUAUGUGCUCAUUGUAAGUGCCCCUGCGGACAGAUUCAUUCCAGAAAACUCCGUAGUAUAUGAACAUAGUUUAUUCAUCUGUGGAUGAGCUUAUGUUGAUCUUCAGUGAGUAUUCUUUCGUAGGACAAGAAAACUCAAAAGUUUUCCAAAGAUUGCUCCAUCUGGGAUCAGGGAUGACAUCCCUUCCAAUUGAAGGUUUUGUUCAAUAUAUUGUUGAACAUGUGAGGUUCCUUUCAUGAAGGUGUGAUAUAAUGUUCUUUAAUAGAAAUUAAUACUAAGUUGACUAUAUUCUUUGCUGUAGUUCGGGAUUUUGGGCAAUUGAUCCUGAUGCAGAAUGCAUCAAAGAGUUCUAUCUUCAAUUCCUUAUGUAGUUUUUCUGUGAAAGUAUCUGUUUAGUUUUUGCCAAUUCUUAUCAUAUAAUUAAAUGAUUGUAGAAUUGUUUAACUGA